AUGGCGGACAACAAAGUCUACCGCGCCAGCACCACGGCGCCUGUCAACAUCGCUGUUGUAAAGUACUGGGGCAAGCGCGAUCCGAAGCUCAACCUCCCCACCAACAGCUCCCUCUCCGUCACCCUCUCCCAGGCCGACCUCCGAACCCUGACGACCGCCUCCUGCUCUGCCUCCUACUCAGCCGGCGACAGCCUCAUUCUCAACGGUGAAGCCUCCGAUGUCUCGGGUGCUCGUACACAAGCUUGCUUCCGCGAGCUGCGCGCCCGCCGCGCCGCCCUCGAGGAGAAGAACCCUUCUCUGCCGAAGCUCUCUGCGCUGCCUCUGAAGAUCGUCACCGAGAACAACUUCCCCACCGCCGCGGGCCUCGCCUCCUCGGCCGCCGGUUUUGCCGCCCUCGUGCGCGCCAUCGCCGACCUCUACGAGCUCCCUGACUCGCCGUCCGAGCUCUCCCUUAUCGCGAGACAGGGUUCCGGAUCGGCGUGCCGUAGCUUGUUCGGCGGAUAUGUUGCGUGGAGGAUGGGCGAUAAGGCCGACGGCACGGACUCCAAAGCCGACCUCAUCGCCGAGGCGUCGCACUGGCCCAACAUGCGCGCUCUGAUUCUCGUCGUCAGCGCGGCCAAGAAGGGGGUCUCGUCGACGUCGGGCAUGCAGCAGACGGUGGCGACGUCGGGCCUGUUCAAGCAGCGCGUCACCGAGGUGGUGCCUAAGCACAUGGCUGAGAUGGAGGAGGCCAUCGCCAAGCGCGACUUUGAGAAGUUUGCCGAGGUCACGAUGAAGGACUCCAACUCGUUCCACUCUUCGUGCUCCGACACGUACCCUCCCAUCUUUUACAUGAACGACGUUUCCCGUGCCGCCAUCCGUGCCGUGGAGCAGAUUAACGCCGCCGCUGGCAAGACUGUUGCCGCCUACACGUUCGAUGCUGGCCCGAAUGCCGUCAUCUACUACCUCGAGGAGGACACUGCUACCGUUGUCGGUGCCUUCUCUCCCAUCUUGGCUUCUGUAGGCGGCUGGAAAGAGGGCGUCGAGAGUCUCAAGUCUUCUGCCACGCUCGAUGAGACUGUAGCCGGCAUCCUCAAGAGCGGUGUCAGCCGUGUCAUCCAGACCGGCGUUGGCGAGGGCCCGAUUAAGUCGGAUGUUUACCUUGUUGGAGAGGAUGGUCAGACGGUUAAGCGAUGA